AUGGACCCCAUCCACAAGAUUGAGUACAAACUCCGAGACCUCGGUACGCGCUCCGUAACCCUUUUCCCUACCAGAGCCCAGAUCCAGCGGGACAUUAAGAGCUCCGGCACGAAUGAAAUCACCAUCUUUGGACUCAGCCCCACCGUAGAUGAAGACUCAGUCAAGGUCGAGGGCAGAGCAGGCUUCACCAUCAGUGACGUCUCAGUAGAACAACUCCCCAACCGAGAAAUCUUUGAAGAAGUCUAUCCUGAGCCAGACAGCGAUGACUCAGAUGAAUCAGAUGACGACGAUCUAGACGACAGGCGGUGGAAAGAAGGCCCUGAGUUGAAAGCAGCCAAGGAAGAGCUGACACAGCUGGAGGAUGCGCGCCGACGGGCAGAUGAAACCGUCGCCAGCGCAGAAAGCCGUCUCAAGCUUCUCGACGCAUACGGCAAGACUUUGGAUAAGAAACGUGGAGUUGUUAUUGAAGACAGUCUGGAGACAUACAAGUCACAACGAUCAAAAGCUUACGAUGACUACAUGACUGGCCUAAAGCAGCAGCGUGAGGUGUCUGAAAAAAUUGAAGAUCAAAUCGAUCAAGUGUACCAACUGCAAAAGAUGGACGACAAAGAGCGCGUUAAAGCCGAACGGGCAAAAGAAAGGAUUCGCAAAGCCAGGUCCAAGGACAUGUUCAAAAAGGCCAGGCGACAAGAAGAGCAGAGGAAGGAGAAGAACAGAGUCAGAAAGGAGAGGGAGAAGUAUUGGCCGAAAUACUGCUACGCUGUCCGCAUUACACUUGAGACGGAUACCUUUACCCCGUCGAGUUCGAGGAGGACUUCCAUGUCUAGCGAGACCCGUGUCUCCAAGCCAGUUGUAGAUGACACGCCGGCUGACGAGGCGGCCGACGGCGAAAUUACCCUGUGCGACCUGGUCUUGUCGUACGUCACCUCGUCAGCAUCUUGGUCUCCAACAUACGACUUGCAGCUUUCCACGACGAGUGCCACAGGGACACUCAGUUUCGAUGCCGAGCUUCACAAUUCUACGUCUGAGACGUGGUCGAACUGCAAGGUUGUCUUGUCGACGUCCCAGGCGACAUUCUCAGGACUGGACGAUGCUAUCCCGACACUCAAUCCGUGGUACAUCAGUCUCGCGCAUGGCGCUCCUCCAUUCGGGUAUUCUGAGAGCCAUGAACGGAUAGCCCGAAGCGGCGAUGAAGUUUCCAACACGGGUAUUUUCCUGGCCAAGCAGAAACAAAUUGGGCCACACAAAGCUCGGAGUGAAAUGUUUGGUAUUCCUGAUGGAGUCCAGUCCAUUGCUAGUUUCCAGGCUGGAAAGUCCAUCAAGAAGAAGCAACGGGCCCUUGCCGCCCAGUACUCUUCCAUCUCGGCUACUCCUCCUACUUCCUUCCCUGUAGCGCAGUGCGCUAUGCCUCCCCCGCCUCCAGCUCAACCAGCUGGUGUGAGCCUCUUUGGAGCACCUGCCUCAGAUACCCGGGGAGCGUCAGGGCCACUGUUCGGUGGUGCACCGCCAUCAUCGACGGCAGGGUUCGGGUCAGCUGCCCCUGGUGUUGCGAGAGCAAGAAUGCUAUCAAGCGUUGUGGGACGCCGCGAGAACUCGGAUAUGCUUUCUGUGGGUGGCGGCGGCGGUGAUGAUGACGGUGAUGAAGACCAUGAGGAAGAGUCCGACUCGGCAGAUUCCAUCAUGGAAGAGACUGGUCUUACAUCUACAUACGAGCUUCCUGGGCUGAGGACGCUCAUCCCCAAGUCUACUGCUACAAAGCAACGCGUUGCCCACGUCCACUUCUCAAACAUAGCCUACAGUCAUACCGUUGUCGCCAAGUACAAGCCCGUGGCAUUCCUCAAGGCCAAGUUCAAGAACACCAGCAAAAUGACGCUAUUCAAGGGACGCGCGGGGCUGACCCUCGACGGAAGCUUCAUGGGCCGGACGAGCCUGCCGCGGUGCAGCGCUGGUGAAACGUUUACUCUCAGCCUGGGAAUCGACCCAGCUAUCAAGGUCACGUACCCCAAGCCCGUCGUCCAACGGGCCACGGCAGGCCUGUUUAGCAAAGAGAACACGGCCAUGUUCACCAGAACCAUCAUGCUCCACAACACCCGCGCAUCCGCCGGCAAACCCACCUCCCUCCUGGUGCUCGAUCAAGUGCCGGUAUCGCAGGACGAGAAGCUCAAGGUGGAGGUGCUCAACCCCCAGGGCAUGUCGCUGGGCGGCGGAGAAGUCAGAGCAGGAGCCCCGGGCUUGGAGGCCAGAGACAAUAAGGAUUGGGGUAGCGCCAAGGCUAGUCUGAAGAAGGACGGUGAGGUGAAUUGGGAUGUGAGCCUGAACGCGGGCAAGGCCGUGCGAUUGACGCUGGAAUAUGCAAUUGCUUUCCCGACAGGAACAUACCCGUGCUGA